AAGGCAGUUAAAUAAAAGAGGAGCUAUAUAGUUGUUGAGAAAUGUCUCGAGUUAUUCAACUCUGAGAUGUAAAUUCGUCAAUCAUUAACUUUCAGGACUGGUUCCAAGUUUCCCUUUCAGUUCGCUGCUUGUCCUGACUUGGUGAGGGUUGGGCUCUCUCUCUCUCUCUCUCUCUCGUUCCCUGAGGAAUGGCGGUGUCGAAAGUCUCCAUCUCUGAAGCCAAGUUAGCCUGUGCCAUCUGUCUGGAUCUCCUGAAGUCCCCCGCGACCAUUCCCUGUGGGCACAACUUCUGCAUGGAGUGCAUUGGGAGAUGCUGGCAUCAGGAAGGGGGGUCCGAGACCUUCAGGUGCCCUCAGUGCCGAGAAACAUUCAGCUCCAGGCCCUCCCUCUCCAAGAACACUAUCCUGUGUGAGAUUGUGGAGGACUUCUCCCACGCCGACCCAGCCUGUGCCUCCAAGGAGGCAGUCACCUCCCAGGGUGUUCUGUGUGACUUCUGCACCGAUGAGAAGCUCGAAGCCGUUAAGUCAUGCGUGGUCUGCAUGGCUUCGUACUGUGAGGUCCACCUGCAGCCCCACAGCAACAACCCAGUGUUCAGCGACCACCGACUCAUCGAUCCGGUCAGGGACAUCGAGAGGAGGAAGUGUCCCAGCCAUCGGAAACCCCUGGAGGUAUUCUGCAGGACUGAUCAGAAAUGUGUCUGCUGCUUAUGCGCCAUCAAUGAACACAGGCAACAUGAGACCGUGUCUGUGGAAGAGCAAGUGGGCGAACUGAAGAAAGAACUCAAUGAGCAACAGACUGAGGUGGACAAACAGCUGCUGGAGACUACGGAGGAGAUUGGAAAGCUGCAGCAGAAAGCUGACUCCAUUAAAGGUAUGGUGCUGCAGGUCAAACAUCACACCAGGACCAAGUGUACUGAGUUAGUGAAAACUAUUGAGCGUGCACAGAAGGACGUUCUACGAUAUCUCGAUGGUGAGGAGGAAGCUGUAUUGAGCCGGGUGGAAGAAUCCAUGAAGCUACUGCGGAUUACUCUUGCUGGGCUACAGGACAGUAAACAGCAACUCCAGACUGCCCUGGAAAGUGAUGACAGCUUGUUUGUAUUACAGGAACAUUGGAGGUUGAACAAACCCGUGCGCCCUGUUCCCAUCUCGCAUUGCGAAGCUGAUGUCAACUUUAGCACCGUGGAAAAUGCCAUGACUGAGCUGUCCAAUCACAUCGCAGGACAGCUGCAUAGCUGCUUCAACCCACAUCUGGAAGGAGAAGUCUCCAAAGAUAAUGAGAAAGAGAUCUACACCAGCCCAGCGAUUGUAUGUCCCAUGGAAACAAAGGCUGAUCUCGACAGUAAGCAGAAAGCAGAUUAUGUACAACACGCUCUCCGGCUGACGUUUGAUCUCAACACGGCGCACAAGCACCUCCUUCUGUCGGACGACAACUGCACAGUGACAGAUGUUGACCCCGAAAGCGUCCCUUACCCCGAGCACCCCGACAGGUUCAGCAACUUCCCCCAGGUGCUGUGUGCCGAGAGCCUUUCGGGAGGCCGCUGCUACUGGGAGGUGGAGAUCAGUGGACAUUGGGCGGGAAUGGGGGUCACCUACAGGGGGAUCAAAAGGAAAGGGUCGAAUAUGUGCAGCCUUAUUGGGCGGAACAGUUUGUCCUGGUGCCUCCUGUACAGCAACAGCAAGUACUCAGCUCUUCACAACAAGCAGGAGGUCAGUCUGCAGUCCGGGAGGUACCAGAGAAUUGGCAUCUACCUGGACUACCCCGAGGGCACGCUGGAUUUUUAUGGGAUUGACAACACGAUGAGUUUGAUCCACAGGUUCAAGACAGAGUUCACCGAGCCUGUGUACCCUGCUUUUUGGGUUUUUCUGGGAACAUCUCUCCGGAUAUGCUGGCUGGAUUAGGAGCGUGCUAAUUUCUACUUCCCAAGUGUCUUCUAGCCUGCACUGUCAGAGAUGGGAUCACACGUGGUGCACAGAGGCAGUGAUCAGAGAGCCUGGAUUAACUGUGGAACACAUGCUGUCACAUUGGAGUGGAUGAGGCGAGUAACUGAUACAUUCAACUAAAUAAACUGCUGUAAUAUCUCAGCAGGCCAGCCAGUGGGAGACUAAGGGUUAGCAUCAGUCCCUGAGUGGCAGAACUGCGUGAGAUGUUUAGCAAAUCCCACCUUGAUGUCGGGAUCACCUUGCAUCAUCUGGUGUAGCAUAUAGUGUGGCAAGGUACUCACUAGCAAGUUCCCAACAGGUGCCCACUGUCAAUUUGUUAAAAGCCUUGCUAACAGCGUAACUUGCCAUUUUCUCAAGCUCACUAACAAACUAGUCAUCAGGAGACCAGAGUGGGUUCCAGGUGGGUUCAACUCUCUGCUUGUUCAGAAAGAGAUGCUGGACACUGGGCACUAAAAUCUCAAGGGGUGCUCCACAGGCACUGGCCACAUGCAACCAUGUCCAUGGCAUCUGACAUAUGCCAGCCUCUUGAACAUCUCCAAUCCACUGAUGGGACACUUCUGCUCUUCAACGCUACACCUCAGGCAACUCUGGUAACUCGCAUUGUAAUGCUACAGCAAGCAUGCUAGUGUGCUCAGGGGCACACACCCAGCUCAUAGAAUAUCUCCACUGUGGAAUGAGACCAUUGGGCCCAUCAAGUCUGCACCGACCCUUUGCAGAGAAUGUCAUGGAGAGGACCAGGCUGCAGCUCCAAGCUCUUCAAUAGCUGUUAUACAGAAACAUCACAGAAACCCUACAGUGUGGAAACAGGCCAUUCAGCAAGUCCUCACCCACCAUCCGAAGCGUAACACACCCAGACCCAUUCCCCUACCCUAUUAUCACCCUGACUAAAUCACCUAACCUACACAUCCCUGAACACUAUGGGCAAUUUAGCAUGGCCAAUACAUCUAACCUGCACAUCUUGGGAAUGUGGGAGGGAACUGGAGCACCCAGAGGAAACGAGGAGAAUGUGCAAACUCCACACAGACAGUCGCCGGAAGCUGGGAUCGAACCCGGGUCCCUGGCGCUGUGAGGCCGCAAUGCUAACAACUGCACCACCGUGCCACCUAGAGUUGUUAGGAUUUGGAAUGCUCUGCCUGGGGAGUGGUGAAGGUGGAUUCUACUGGGGGUUUCAAAAGAGACCGGAAUAGGUAUUUGAAAUGGAUGACGUUGGAGGGUGCAGGGAUAGGGCAGGACAAUGGGACUAGCUCUUUCAGGAGCUGGUACAAAUACAAUGGGUCAAAUGGCCUCCUUCUGCAAUGUAAAAUUCUACAAUUCUAUUUUUGGCCUUGAACUCAGCCAACUGAGAGGGGGUAGUGAGCCAGUGGUCAGAGAGGAAACAUUGAUGAUUACACUUUGCACUUUGUCAAGGAGUCAGAGAACAACUCAUUAGAGAGUCAUACAGAUGUACAACAGCCCCUUCGCUCCAACUCAUCCAUGCCUACCAGAUAUCCUCACCUAAUCUAGUCUCAUUUAUAGAGUCAUAGAGUCAUAGAGAUGUACAGCACAGAAACAGACCCUUCUGUCCAACCCAAUCUAGUCCCACCUGCCAGCACCCGGCCCAUAUCCCUCCAAACCCUUCCUAUUCAUAUACCCAUCCAAAUGCCUUUUAAACGUUGCAAUUGUACCAGCCUCCACCACAUCCUCUGGCAGCUCAUUCCUUACACGUAUCACCCUCUGUGUGAAAAAGUCGCCCCUUAGGUCCCUUUACUAUCUUUCCCAUCUCAUGCUGAACCUAUCUCCUCUAGUUCUGGACUCCCCACCCCAAGAUCUCAGGGAGGAGUGAUGUCUGUUGCCAUUGCUCUCAGUAUCUGCCCAGCAACAGUGUGUUUGAGCGACAGGAGGCUGAGGUACAAUUCACCCCAGCUCAUCCUGACCUCACCUUCCAGUAGCAUCAUUGCGUUAGGAAGACUGGAACAUCAUGGUCAUGGGAACCCUCUCAGUCUAAUGUGGCCCUUUAUCACUAAUCCUUCAUCAGCCCCCAACAAUCUAACAGGAUAGACCGGGUAAACACAGGGAGCAUGUUCCUCAUGGCCAGGGGAUCCAGAACCAGGGUUGAGGAAGUGGGGUUGGCCAUUUGGGACUGAAAUGGAGAUAAGUGUUUUCACCCAGAAAGGGGGAGGGGGAGGAGUGUGUGGAACUAUCUGCCAUCAAAAAUAGUUGAGGCCAAAACAUUGAAUGUUUUCAGAAAGGAGUUAGAUUUAGUUCUUAGGGCUAAAGGUACCAAAAGGGGAGAGAGCAGGAAGAGGAUAUUGAAUUAGAUGAUCAGCCAGGGUCAUAUUGAAUGGUGGAGCAGGAUAAGUGGUUUACUCAUGUUCAUAUUUUCCUGGAUUAAUAUCCUGGAAUUGUGUCUCUCUGUAUUUAUUCAUGGGAUGUGCGCAUCACUGGCAAAGCCAUUCCUAACUGCCCUUGAACUUUGUGGUUUCCUUCUACAACUCAGAGUGUAGGAGAGAGGCUUGGGGUCAGGCUGGGUAAAGAUAGCAGAUUUCCCUCACUAAGCAAAGGGAUUUACCCCCUUUAACCACAAAGGCUUCAGUGAGCUGGGUGGAUGUUUACAACAAAAGGCAGUGACCACAUGGUACCAUUGAUUUCAAAUUAUUUUAUCGCGCUGAAUUAAGCAGACGUGGCGAAAUGUGAACCCAUGUCCCCAGAACAUUAGCCGGCGUAUCUGAACCUCCUGUCCCAGGGUCGUACAAUGUACCAUGUCCUCCUGCUUAGCUUCAAUUCUCUCCCUAUCCCACCAUGGCAUCAUCCACACCCCCACAGACACAAAACUCAACAACUCCCUCAUAGAGAAGGUCUGAGAACACACUCGACAAGAAAAUAAAAUGUCGUGUGUCUAUAAAGGUUUCCUAUAAUAGCAUAAACAACUGGACUUGACCAGUUCCUGCUCGACUGCACCAUGGAACCAUUGAACACAUUGUUGAUGUCACCAGAUGGGAUGAGUCAAUCUUCAAGAUCAAUUCACAGCAUUCUCAAACUUGAAUUUUAGAAUCAUUUUAUAAUGAACAUAUCGAAUUUUAUUUAACUUCAGGUAUAUUUAUAUCCAUGAUAUUUCAAACAUUAAGCAUCUUUUAAGGAAUCCUGUUCCAUGUUUAAUUGGUUUGAAAUA